CGGGGGCGGUUCCUUCCCACCCUAUAAGAGCCACCACCACCCAACGGAGGUGACCCAACCCUGGAGGACACCACGAGACGAGAGCUCCUCAGACGCGUCCCACUCCGCCUCCAGGUGAGCGCUGUGGGGUGGGGACGGCGUCGGGGCUGCGUCACCGCGGGUGACGCCCGUCCGCAGCCGCGUCUCUGUCCUCCGAGGGAACGAAGGGACCAGAGGAGCUCCGCAGGUCCCGUGGGGCGCUAUGGCAGCGAUGGGGGACACCGCGGGCUCCGUCCUCGACCCCGACAUGGUGGCCCUCUUCGAGGAGUUCCUGGGGAAAGAAGAGAGCUCAGAGGAGGUCCACAUCUUCCACGAAGGAUCCAAACCCAAAGGACAACCGUACCACUACGUGAUGAGGGACACGGAGCAGAGAGGCCUUUGCCUCCACCAUGGCCGCUUGGUGGCCACCAGCCUUCAGGGGGCCAACAACCUCCAGGAAGAACCCAUCAGUGUGGUGCCCAACCCCUUCCUGGAGCGCCGGAGGUGUCCUCUCAUCGUGGGCAUCCGUGGAGGCACCUACGGCCUCUCCUGCGGCACCGGGGCUGAACCGCAGCUGAAGAUAGAGAAGGUGGAGCUGCUGGAGCUGUACUCGCGAGGCCCAGAGGCCACUCCCUACACCUUCUACAAGACCUAUGGUGGCUCCACGCACACCUUCGAGGCGGCCGCCUUCCCCGGGCGCUUCCUCAGCACCGGCCCAGGCCCGGGGGAGCCCCUCACCCUCAGCGGCCCCUCCGGCGCCACCGCCUUCUACCUGCGCCGCAAGUGACCACAGCGCCCGGCGAGGGGAGGAGGAGGAACCAGGGGUGGGGGACCCAUGGUUGGGGGACCCAGGGGUCGA